UAGUCUCGUCAUGCAAGCUGGUUUAUGUGGCACCAUGAGCCAGCUGUUGAGGCAGCAGCUGGUGCUGCCUUCCUUAGUGAAUGCGGUAAGAUGCAUUGCGACGUCAGCGGACGUCAUCAUUCGCAACAAACUCAGUUUGCCGGCCACCAGCGCCACCAACUUCGCCGAGUAUGUCAUCGGCGGAGCACGCGGCAGGGAAAACAAAACUGCCAUUGUGUGCAGCGACUCGGGGCGUCUCGUGAGCUUCGGGGCGCUGAAGGAUGCUGCGUUUCGGUGGGGCGGCUACCUCCUGACGAAAGGUCUGGAGAGGGGCAGCGUGGUCGCGGUGCUCAGCCCUAACACUGUCGACUACCCUGUUGUGGUGCUGGGCACCAUCAGUGUUGGGUGUGUCUUCUCUGGCAUCAACCCCACCUAUAGCCCCACCGAGGUGGCUCACCAGCUGAAGGACAGCGGAGCUAAGAUGGUGGUCGUGUUUGGGCCGCUGCUGGAGGUGGCCAAGAAGGCCAUGGCCAUCAACAAACAGGAUCUUCCUAUGGUGGCCAUCGGGCCAUCAGAUGGCCUCCCUAACGUCGCCGAUAUUGUCCAAGACGCGACCAUAAACUUCGCUGAUCCGGCCAAGCUAACAGGAGACGAGCGCAUGGCACUCGUGUUCUCGAGCGGCACGACGGGCAAGCCGAAGGGCGUCUCUAUCCACCACAGCGCCGGCAUCGCCAACUUGGACAUGCUGUCUCACCCCAGUUACUUCGUGGGGGGGUUGUCCACUGCUGAUUCACCGUGCUUUGCGCUGGCGCUGCCCAUGUACCAUCUCUCGGGGUUCCUGGUCAUUUCCAGCCUCGGGAUACUCCAUGGAGUCAAACUGGUCAACAUCACCAAGUUCAACCCUGAGACGUAUAUUGAAACCCUAAUUGAAAAUAAAGUGAACAUCCUGCACUUGAUAUCCUACCUAAUGAAUUUCGUGCUCAAGCACCCGAAAUUCACGCGUCAAAACUUCGGUCAUGUUGAUGCCGCGAUAGCAGGAGCAGUUUUGAACUGA